UGUCGUCUGUCAAUGUUUAGAAAAUAAAACAUGUCACGUGCUACUGCAUGCUCCAAUGGAUAACAAUGGCAAUUGCUUACUCCCAAGACAAGCUCCAUUCUCAUCCGGAACUGCAGUUCUCACAACUAGCUUGACAACAUUUGAUCACACUUUGUGUGUAGCAGAUAUUGCAACGAUUGUUAAACAUAACGAAACAAAGAAACUUUGCUUUGAAGUAAAUGGAUCCGCAGAUAAAAGAUGCAUAAUUGUGAAUGCAGUGACAAAUUUAACAAAAUCACAUUGCAAUAGUAAACCUUGUGGAGCAUAUGGCUAUUGCAAGUCAACUUCCACUUCCUACGUGUGUAUAUGCAAACUUGGAUAUAAAGGAAUGCAUUGUGAAAAAACAACACAACCUAUACCAGUACCACGGCCAUCUAACAAGUUUUCAAACUCUUCACCAAUAUUUGUGAACACAAUGUUACCAAAAGAAAUAACGUGCCAGCUGAACAAAGAUUGCCCUAUAAUGAUACCCGUGCAUGGAAGUCCAGUGAAUAAGAGUUCCUUACUUUUUGGACAUUUGGAUAAAGGAGUCGAGCCAAAACAAAUUAAUCUUAUAGAUAUCACAAAACGAGUCAAUCAAUCCAUAGCGCAAUUCCAUGUCAUACCAUCACAAACCGGAACAAAACGAGUCUGCGUUCAAACAAAAAAUUCUUUGACGAACACUGAUGAAAUCUGCGUCAACGUAAAGAUCAUACCAGAUAAUACCGUGUCCACAACAACGCCACUCAUAACACCAGAAAUAGUCUCCCCCUCUUUGCCAGAUGGAACAGUAUUACAAUGUGAAAGUGCACUGGACAGUUGUCAUAUACAGCUCGUAACGAAGCCAACACCAGGAUCACAAUCUUGUCCAAGAGUGGAAAACACGCCAACUUCUUCGUUAGUAAACAUUCAUGAUUUCACAUCGGAGACGGUCACAACAUCCCAUUCAGUGUGUUACACAGAUUUGUCCGUUAAACCCAGCACACCGGGUAAUCACUCGCUGUGUAUAAAGGCAAGACAAGAAGAGAAAGUAGGGCAUGAGAGAUGUUAUAUUAUCCAGGCGGUAACCAAUGGCAGUAAAUCAUUUGGUGGACCUUGUCAAGAUCAACAUUGCUACAAUGGCGGACGAUGUGACGCAACCUCUGUUUCAAAGUCAUCAUGCAUAUGCCCUGUUGGAUUUACAGGAAGCACCUGCCAGAAAAGCCGAUUUUCUCCCCCAGUAAACCAAGGGAACACGGGCAAGCAAAACAACACUGCACCAGUAUUUACGGACACCGCCAUUCCGGAGGUAAUACAGUGUUCAAUCGGCACACCUUGUGGAGUGCCUCUAAUCGUUACCGGUCCACCUGGAGACAUCCCCACCGUUGAUACAGACAGUCCUUUUGUUAUCCAUCCUGUAAAAACAGACACGUUCCCAGGAGAUUCAAAUUCUACCUAUCAAACAAACAUCAAACUAAAGGCAACAAAGGAGGGUCAACGUAAAAUAUGUAUUAAUACUGUUCAUAAAAGUUUGAAAGGUGAUGAAAUUUGCUUUAAAGUCAAUUUUACAUCUGCAUUGCCUACCAAGCCACCCUCUGGUGGCCUACAAGAACCAACACUUCCCGAUUCUUCUUCUGUUCGAUGUUUAGAAAACACAGACUGUCAUUUGCUGAUACAUACUUCAAAAGAUCACAGUGGUAAAUGUGAAGAGCCAAAGGAGCUACCACACACAUCAGGAACAGUCAUUGUAAGUACAAAAGUGACUAGCUUUGAUCCCAACCUUUGUGUCACUGACGUCGUCACACGAGUGCAGCACACAGAAACUAAGAAGAUUUGCAUUGGGGCCCAAAGUUCCAACGAGAAAAGAUGCAUCAUUGUUAAUCCAUCGCUUAAUUCCACAACUUCCCAUUGUCAACAUGUAUCUUGUAAUAAAGGAUACUGUUUGUCUAACGACCAGUCCUUCACGUGUAUUUGUCCAGUGGGAGUCAGUGGAAGACACUGUCAGAAUAAUGUUUCAUGUAUCCCAAUACCAAGAAACCCUUCUGCAAAUAUAACAACAAAUUCAACUAUAUUUGUGGACACCGGUGUACCUACUGAUAUCAACUGUGUCUUGAAUAUGCCUUGUGAAUUCCCAUUACCUAUUUCCGGGCAGAAUUUAUCAAUCAAAUCUUUAGCAAUUGGAUCUAAGAAUGCGUCCUUACAAAAUUGUCCAUUAACGCUGAGUGGUACAGAUACAAAGCUUGCUCAUUUUUGUGUCAAACCAACCCAGGUUGGCAGUGAAAUGAUGUGUGUACAGACCCGAAAUUCUGUUGGAGUCACCAUGGAUGAAAUAUGUUUAAAGAUUCAUACCACAUCUGCCUCACCGACAGUAACAACUCCACAUACAAUAAAAGAUCACAUCAUCAAUCCCUCAUACCCGGAUGGAUCUGUUAUUAAAUGUGUGGUGAAUAUGACCUGCUUUGUUCCAGUAAUUACAGAAAAGACUUUAAAUCCUCCAUG